GUGAAUUUUUAGGAGGUCUGUGUGACAAGUAAAAUUGUUGUUAAUUAUUCUGUGUUGGGUUUUGCUUGGGUAAAAGCUGUGGAAUAGGCAUGGCAGUUGUUUUUGUAGUCUUCUGUUGGACUAUAGUGUCUCUAGUGCUGCCUGUUACACCAAACGGGGAUGAUUUUAAUGUGCACUUUACAGCGUACUCACCAGGACUCAUACAAGAUGUCUGGCAUAUUCCUGCUGCUGCAGCACAUUCCCUGAAUGAAGUUCCUCAGUCUUACAAUUUUGAUGAAUUUGCGUCUGUGUUUCCAAUGCCAUAUGAUAUACAGGCUCUUCUGGACAGAAGAAACAGUUUUUCACUUAGGAUCAUGAAUGCAUCUUGGAGUGGUCCAGCGGAUACUAAUGUGUUCCACAGAGGAGAUCCAUUGUAUCUGCAGGUGUCUGCCUCACCUGGACCCGGUCAACAGCUUUAUGUUCAGUCCUGCCAUGCUUCCUCUUCUCCAAACCAUACUGACAAACCUGGAGUCGCACUUAUCAUUAACAAAGGAUGUGUGGCCUCCAAAAAGUCUUUGGUGAAGUUUGUGACGCAACAGCCUGACAGAGUGAAUUUGAUUGUUCGUACAUCCAGUUUGAAGUCUUCUGAGAGUUACAUUCACUGCGGGGUCUAUCUUACUAAUUUGGGUGUCACCCCUACCACUAAAUUCUGCAACUACAACAAGCUGAAAUCCAAAUGGGUUGACUUGGGUGGACAAACUUCAGUAUGUGACUGUUGCGGAAGAAAGUGCAGAAACUUAAUUGAGCGUGUAGAACUGCCUGUUUCUCUAGACUUGACUGCAGUAGUAAGCACAGGCCCACUGGUACUCAAGGAUCAAGAAUCUGCUCCACAGGCCACACCACUGACUCUGUCAGAUGACAGUAAGUCCAGCCCUACAGCCAGAGACGGCUCUGAUAAAAACUGGAUCAUGGCUAGUACCUCUUUCUCUGGGAGCUCAAAGCAAAAUGUUGGCAAGGUCUCCCCCUGGCCUGUCCAGCAUGGCUAUGGUGGUGUGAUGGUCAUCAGCAAGGGCCCGGGAAGUGACUUAUCAAUGUGGCUACAAGACAUCAUGGAGCUUGCGUUUAACCCAUUGUUGCAGAUGGGGACUGGUUAUCCAGAAAAUCCUGUUGAUAUAACAUUUCAAAUUGCUGAACCACUGAGACCAGAUGAAAGCACUGAGAGGAGUCCGGCAGUUGCUGUGGAUGAAGGAAGAGUUUAUGUAGGAGCUGUGGAUUCAGAUGAUGUUGUAAAGGACUGGUUGGACAUGGGGCAUCUUAAUGAUGUUGACCACUUGCAUAAAAUUCAGGAAAAACCUGCGGAUUAUCUAGAGCUGACUCCACUGCAUGUUGAAUCUGAAUUUGACUUCCCUCCUAAUGACCAGCCUCUGAUCAGCCCUACUCCAGAUAAGCUCUCUGAGAGCACCGAGGAUGAGGGAGGAGUUGUUUUCAGACAGGCCGAGAUGAUCUUUAAUGGUGCUAAAGGAGCCAAGUUAUCAGAGCCAGUUCUCUACUCUAAACUAAGUCUGACUCAAGCUGCAGAUGGAUCCAGUGUUCUCAGUUAUGAGGAGCAGAAGAGGCCCAGCAAGAACAAACAGGACAAGAGGCCACAACUGGAGAAGAAUGGUGAGAAAAGCCCAAAGGAUGUGCAGCUGGAGGAUACCUCUAAAAUUAAAGGCCUGGUUUCAUCCCUAUUGGAUCAACUGAGAAGACUGUGGACGGCGCAGUGACCUGUUUUUCAUCAUGCCUUUGUGUGAUGUGAUUGGUAACCAUCUAUUUUGUGGAAUUUAAAUAAAGCUUUUUCUGCCUUAUGAAA